AUGGACCAUAAAUAAUAACCAAUAAACAAUAAACCAUUUUAUCGCGAAGCACAUAUUUAAUAUUUAUUAUCCCUUGAAAAUUCCAAAGACUUAGAGUCGAUAGGUUAUUAUUUAAGCGAACACCUUCGUUUAGGGGGCGCUUAUUGGAGUAUUAAUGCUUUAAAAUGUUUAAAAGUCGAACUUCCUGAAGAAAAGCGAUUAUAAUUAAUUUCUUGGGUGAAAUCUUGUCAAAAUGAAGAUGGUGGAUUUGGCGGAAACAUUCUACAUGAUUCACAUUUGACAUCUACACAUUAUGCAGUUUUAGUUUUGAUUUUAUUAAAAGCCUUAUAGGAAAUUGAUGCCGAAAAAGUAGUUUAAUAUAUAAAAACUUUACAAAAAGAAGACGGUAGUUUUAUGGGAGAUAAAUGGGGAGAAGUGGAUACUCGUUUUUCUUAUUGCGGUUUGAGCUGUUUGGCUUUAUUAAAUAGACUGGAGGAGGUUAAUGUUAAAAAGGCAUGCGAGUUUGUACUUUUAUGUAGAAAUUUUGACGGAAGUUUCGGCGGAUAGCCAGAUGCAGAAAGUCAUGGGGCGUAUGUUUUCACAGGAGUAGGUGCUUUGAAAAUUGGAGGUUUUUUAAAUAGUAUCGAUAAAGAUGCUUUGGGGUAUUGGCUUAGUGAAAGAUAGACUAGCAAAGGAGGAUUUAAUGGUAGACCGGAAAAAUUAGCAGAUGUAUGUUAUAGUUGGUGGAUUUUUUCGGCUUUUAAAAUGAUUAAAAGAUAGUAAUGGAUUGAUUGUGGGAAUUUAGAGUAAUUUAUAAUAGAUUGUUAAGAUGAAAAAGGAGGAAUUGCGGAUAGACCGGAUAAUUGUGUUGAUGUUUUUCAUUCGUUUUUUGGAAUUGCGGCUUUAAGCUUACUUGAUGGGGAAAAAUAUUAGUUAGAUUAAAUUGAUCCCACUUUUGCGUUACCGAAGAGUGUUUUAAGAAAUUAGUUCUAACAUUUAGUUUAUUUGGUAGAUGAUGAUUGUUGA